AAAAUAUAUAAAUUGAGGCCCUCCCGCCUCGUUUACCUCGUGUGUCAGCGCGGCGUUCUUGACCCUUGGCAUUAAAAAUUUAACCUAAAGAGGAUUAGCCUAUUGUUCUCUGUUGGCUCCUCGCUUGCUGUGUUUUGGCGAAUCUUUUAUACAUACAUUGUCCUAAAUUGCAUGCUGUGUUUCACCCUUGACAAAGUCAAUUGAGUGAACGUUUUCGAGAAUUAUUGACAGAGUUGGUAUUUGUUUAUCCCUAUACUUUUUUUUAUUCCUACAACCACAACUCUGUUCCUUAAUUAUUAUUUCCCUGGUUUAAGGUGUAAACAGUGUUACUAGUACUUUUAACCUCAACCAUUUACUCCACCAAGACUUUCCUAGGAAGAAAAUCUUUUGCGUGAAAAUCUUCUGCGAAUCUACACUUAACUCGCAAAAAUCGGCGCCGAGGAUUAACCGUCGAUCAUCGUCCAUUACUAAUUGGCAUAUUGAAUUUGAAUUGACCACAGGGUCUAUAUACUACAUCGUCUCGCAUCAUGGGUUUCCGGGAUUACACAUUUGAAGAGCUUUUUGUCCACGGGUUACAUGCUGUGAAUGUAACCCAUCAGCUGAGUGCUCACUCCAAUGAAGAUGAGGACACAGGCACAGGCAACAGCAGUACUCCUAUUGUUUGUUCAGGUGACGAGAAUGGAUACAAUGGUCUUCUUGCAGUGCGUAUUGUUUCAAUUUUCGUUAUCUUUAUCACUUCGAUGCUUGGUGUGUUUACUCCCUUGGUCUUGAGUCACUUUAAGCAACGCUCGACUCGCUAUGGUAAUGUUAUGAACUACGUUUACACCUUUUGCCGUUACUUCGGUGCCGGUGUUAUUCUGGCCACAGCUUUCAUUCACCUUCUCGCUCCCGCUUGCAACAAGUUGUACGAUAGUUGUCUCGAUGCUCUUGGAUUCGAUUCAUAUGACUGGGCUCCUUGCAUUUCGAUGAUCGCAGCCUGGUUUAUUUUGGUGCUUGAUCUUAUUCUUUCCCGUUUCGUCGAGUAUAAAUUUGGUAGUCAAGGCUCCCACUCCCACUCUCACAGCCAACCUGUUGGUGACAACUAUCAGGAUCACCCUAAGGACUUGGAGGAUCCUACUUUGUCUGACAAGGAGGAAGAGUAUCACGUUCAAGAAUUUCCCAAGUCUGGUAACAGCAACACUACCGAUGUGACCGCCGUUACUGUCGAUCGCCAGAUGCUUUUGCAUCAACAGUUGGGCGCUUUCUACAUUCUCGAGUUUGGUGUCAUCAUGCACAGUGUCAUCAUUGGUUUGACUCUUGCAGUUUCUGGUGAUGAAUUCAAAACGCUUUUCCCCGUCAUUGUUUUCCACCAAGCUUUCGAGGGAAUGGGUCUGGGAUCGCGUUUGUCUGCAAUGGCUUGGAAACCCGGCUUCAAUAUUCAGCCUUACAUCUUGGGUAUCCUCUAUUCCAUUGUGACACCAAUUGGUGUUGCUGUCGGUAUCGGUAUUCGUAAGUCUUGGAACCCUAUUGCCCCUGGUAGUUACGCCGCUCAAGGUGUUCUGGACGCCUUCUCCUCUGGUAUUCUUAUUUACGCUGGUUUGGUCGAAUUGUUGGCUUACGACUUUUUGUUCGAUCCCAACCGCGAAAAGGGUACCUGGAAGACCGUCUACAUGGUCUUCUGUGCCAUGCUGGGUACUGGAUUGAUGGCACUGUUGGGAAAAUGGGCCUAAGCCGUUUGUAUCCAUAUCCCCCUUCCUUGUACCUCUUUUGCCUCUCCAUCUGUUAUUCGUUACCGUUUCGUUUGUAUUGUUUAACGCUGCAGUCGAUUUUAAUCAAGUAGCCUCUUUUUUUCCGGUGCCUCACUUCAACCAAGGUUACUCAUAAUGAGUCAGUCGUUAUUAUUCACAGAGAGAAGAUGAGUUGGUGUGGUGUGAAUUUGUAAUAACUGCUCAGCUAUGGUCCUUAUAUCCAUGCGUGUGGCGUGUACUUGUAACAGCAGGGUUUGCGCAAUGCAGACUUUUUCGAGGACUACUUAUUGAGAGGAAAAGAUAUGUCACUCGUUACUAGUCGAAACGUAUUCCUCCCUGAGGGAGAGCGUUUCUCCUCAAGUCCCUUAUUAUCACGGGCUUGACGCCGCGCUAUACACCUGUACGCUCUUUUUGUCUAACUUUCGUGAACCCUGAGGGUUAUGCGAUAGUUUUGUUUUACCUACUAUGUUCGCAAAUAAGAAUUUUGUUUUUCGUCUCCCUUUUCUCUAUUAAACAA